AUGAGUGCCCUGAAACGGCUUCAGGCCGAGAUAGACAAGGUCAUGAAGAAGGUCGAUGAGGGCAUUGCCGUGUUCGAGGACAUUUGGGAGAAGCUGCACGAAACCGAGCAUCAGAGCCAGAAGGAGAAGUUCGAGACGGAACUGAAGAAGGAGAUCAAGAAACUUCAGCGGCAGCGAGAACAGAUCAAGGGAUGGAUCAGCAGCACAGAUGUCAAGGACAAGAACAGCCUCCUGGAGGCGCGGAAACGGAUCGAGCGCAAGAUGGAGCAGUUCAAGGCCACGGAGAAGGAGAUGAAGACCAAGGCGUUCUCGCGCGAGGGCCUCAACCAGGCCGGCCGGCUCGACCCGAAAGAGCGCGAGCGCGCGCGCAUGCGCGACUGGCUCAACGGGGCGUGCGACACGCUCACGACGCAGAUCGACGAGUUCGAGGCCGACAUCGAGGCCGCGGAGGCCGGCGCGUCCGGCCGGAAGCGCGGCGCCGCGAACGUGAGCGACCACACGGAGCAGAUGGAGGAGCACGUGCGGCGGCACAAGGAGCACAUCGCGCGGCUGGAGCAGGUGCUGCGGUGCCUGGACUCCGGCGACGUGACGCCCGAGGAGGUCGCGGACAUCCAGGACCUCGUGGACGACUACCUGGAGCGCUGCGUGGACGACUUUGACGAGUUUGCCGACACGGACAUGUUCUACGAGGGGCUGGCGGACAAGCUGGACGCCGUGGCGCAGGGCGGCGUCGGCGUCGUGGGCAACAACGACGACGACGAGGCCGCGCGCGCCGAGGAGGAGAGGCGCCGCGAGCGCGAGCGCGCCGCCGCCGCUGCCGCCAAGGCGCAGCUGGCUGCGCAGAACGCGGAGGUUGCGGCGCGGCAGGAGGCCGAGGAGGCGAGCGCGGUCAAGAUGGCCGCGGAGGGGAAGACCGCGCCCGUCGUCGUGGCGCGCGUGCGGGGCGGGUCGUCCCCCCCGCGCGCCCGCGGCACCAGCGGGCCGCCCGAGUCGCCGGGCGUCGCGACGUCGCAGCCCUCAGGCUCCAUCCCGAGCACGCCGGCUCCCUCCGCGUCCGUGUCGUACGGCGCCAUCGCGCGCGGCGGGCAGUCGUCCCCGAGCGCGUCGCCCGCGGCCGUCGCGCCGGUACAGGCGGGCCCGUGGCGCAGCCAGGCGCCCAAGGUCGCGGUCGCGGUCAAGUCCGGAGGGACCCCGGACGGCCGCGAGAACAGCCGCGGGGAGGGCGCGGACGCCGCGCCGGUGUCGGCGCGCCUCGGAGGGUUGACAUUGGAGGGCGGCGCGCCCAGUCCCAGCGCGGCGGCCGGGCAGCAGCCGCAGCAGCCGCAGCAGGCGGUCACGUCGGACGCGGCGGCCGCGGGCGGGCGCUCUCCGCAGCCGGGCGCCGGCGGCGGGGUCGCGCCGGCUCCGCUGCCGUCGGGCGCGCCGCCGGCGUCGGCAGUGGCGUCGGCGGCGCACGCGCAGAUGUCGCUGAAGAUCCUGCAGGCGACGUACCCGUCGUGCAUGCCGCGCCCGCGCGACAGCGAGUGGCCCGCGAUCGAGCGGCGGCAGCAGCGGCUGCCAGCGGGGCUAGACCUCCCCGCGAGCUACCCGCGGCAGCGCAUCCCGCAGGUGCAGAACCCGCUGCUGUACGAGCGCGUGGACCCCGAGCUGCUGUUCCUGGCGUUCUACCUGAUGCCGGGAACGUACCAGCAGCACCUGGCGGCCAAGCAGCUCAAGAAGCAGUCCUGGCGGUAUCACAAGCAGCACCAGUCGUGGUUCCAGCGGCACGACGCGCCGCGCAGCAUCACGGACGACCACGAGACGGGGAGCUAUGUGUACUUCGAUCACACCGCGCCCACCGCCGCGGGGGGGGAGGGGUGGUGCUACCGCGUGCGGCAUGAUCUCAAAAUAGAAUACGCCGUCCUCGAGAACGAGCUGUGA